AUGAAUAGAAGACCAUCAGGAUUUUCAAAACCUCCAAUAAUUGGUUCAAGAUCUGUUCUAAUCGCUGUUGAUGGUUCUGAACAUUCAAAAAAAGCAUUUCAACAUUAUUUAAAAUGGUUACAAAGACCAGAUGAUACAAUAACAAUUUAUCAUGCUGUAGAACCUGUAUCAUUACCAACUAUAUCAUUAUCGAAUCCAAUUAGUAUACCAAGUGAUGAAUGGUCAAAUAUUGUUGAAGUCAAUGUAAAACGUGUACGUGAAUUAGAACAAGAUUAUAGUACAGAUUGUUUAGCACAUAAUUUAACAUAUCAAUUUUUAUAUGAAUCAGUCAAUCAUAUUGGUGAAUCAAUUAUUAAAAAAGCGAACAAAUGA